AUGCUACAGGUCCUUAUAGCCUCGACGGCGCUUUCAUUGUUGGUGAGUGCCAACGUGAUAGGCGUCAGUGAUGAGCGGCAACAUUUAUAUGAGCCUCUAGUUGACGAGAAAGGUGUCAAAUAUUGGCAUUGUUUAAAUGACACCUCAAUUAGACUAUCCUAUGAUCAAAUUAACGACGAUGUUUGCGAUUGUCCUGAUGGGUCAGACGAACCAGGUACUAAUGCGUGCCCAAAUCCUCCGUUUAAGUUCUACUGCCGGAAUGAGGGCCACUUCCCAAACUACAUUGACCAAUUCAAAUUGAACGAUGGUGUGUGUGACUACGAUUUAUGUUGUGAUGGAUCCGACGAGUAUAAAUUAGGUGGGUGCGAGAAUAAAUGUAACGAAAUUCAUCGUCAAUUCGCAGAGUACAAGAGUGAGAAGUUGGCUUUCAUGAAGAAAGCUGGUAUAAAGAAAGAGCGAACUAUCAAAAUUGCCCACAAUAAGAGACAAAAAUUAGUUGAGAACUUGAAAUCAUUGGAACAAAAAGUCCCCGAACUAAAGGCUAAAAUCAACAGUUUGAAACUCCAAUCCGAAAACUUGGAGGUCAAAGACGAAUCAGUUUUUGAUCACUUGCGAGAGUAUUUUGGGGGACUAGCUGACAAAUUGGAGUUGCACAAACGGGAUAUCUUACACCAAGAAUCAAAACUUCAAGCUUUAGAGACUAUAUUAAACUUUUUGUCUACUCAUUAUAACCCCAACUUUAACGAUGCAGCGGUGAAAGAGGUGAUUCAAAAGUUUCAAGAAUAUGUUUCCAAUAAGGAAGAGGAAGCUUUAGAGGACAUUCAUGAGACUAAUCAGAUCAUAGCUCAAUUGGCGGAUAAGGCAAAGCAAAUGUCUCAUCUGGAAGUGGAAAAAGUUAGUCACUUCACUCCUUCAAUACCAAAUAUGGUUCGUUACUAUUAUCAACUUUUUACAGACAAUUUUUUACCCAAGCCGGUGGCUGAGUACAAAUCAAACUUAUCAAGUAAUGAAUUGGAUCAUGAGGUUGAAAAAUUGGAACAAGAGUUAGAAAGACUUCAAACAAAAAUACAGAUUGUUAAAGACAAUUUAAGCUCCGAUUACGGACCAGAGGAUAUAUUAAGAGCUCAUGAUCAAACGACUAUAACCAAAAACUUAGGGGGCUAUAAUUAUAGAGUCAACUUGCUUCAGGGAAUUUCGCAGGAUGAUAUUUUCAUUGGCAAAUUUAAAGAAUACAAAGAUGGGAAAAUCACCUAUCACAAUGGGGCUAGGUGUUGGAAUGGACCCAAACGGUCGGCUACUGUUGAAUUUAUUUGCGGAGAGGGGCCUGAAUUAGUGUCAGUAAGCGAACCAGAGAAAUGUCAUUACUACUUCACAAUUCAGGGUGAAGCGUGGUGCGAUGCAAAAACAGAACAAGAUCUUCUCAGCAAUUUCAAGAUAAAUUAUGAUCUAUUAUAA